UGUUCAAACACCAUAUAUAGUUAAACUUUAUAAUAUGAAAGACAUCAUGUCACUCCCUUUGUAUUGUAGAACUUGUAGCCUUGAACCUGCAGUAUCGUAUCUCAGUCAAAUACCUCUGCUUCUGGUCUUAAAAGUCAACAUCAUCAUCAUCAGAUGAGUUUGUAAGUAUGGAAUUCAAGUAUAUGUUGGUUGUUGUUAUGUGCCUAUGGGCUUGGUCUGGAUUAUUGGCUUGUGCAAUUUCUGAUGAUGGGUUGAUGAGGGUUAGUCUAAAAAAGAGGGCUUUAAACUUUCACAGUCUUAAUGCUGCAAGAAUCAAAGAGGCUGAACAGCAAAGAGAUUCUGGGAGUGUUGGUAAAGAUUGUUGUGCUGAAAAUAUAGUGUAUCUUAAGAAUUAUCUUGAUGCACAAUAUUUUGGGGAAAUUAGUAUUGGUUCUCCCCCACAGUACUUCAAUGUUGUGUUUGACACCGGCAGCUCGAAUCUUUGGGUCCCGUCUUCCAAAUGCAUCUUUUCUAUCGCUUGCUAUUUUCGUUCCAAGUAUAGGUCGAGGAUAUCUAGCACCUAUACCGAAAUCGGAACAUCUUGCAAAAUCCCUUAUGGCCAAGGAUACAUUUAUGGAUUCUUCAGCCAAGAUAAUGUUCAAGUAGGGGAUAUCAUCGUCAAAGAUCAAGAAUUUGCUGAGAUUACAAGGGAAGGAUCUUUGGCCCUUUUAGCUCUUCCAUUUGAUGGGAUACUUGGACUUGGAUUCAUGGAUAUUUCAGUUGGAGGAGUCACUCCAGUGUGGUAUAAUAUGAUAGAACAAGGGAAACUAUGCUGCCAAAUGUUUUCUCUUUGGCUAAAUCAAGACCCAAUGGUAGAGAUAGGGGGUGAGAUUGUCUUUGGUGGUGUUGACUUCAGGCAUUUUAGAGGUGACCAUACUUAUGUUCCACUUUCUCAAAAGGGUUAUUGGCAGAUUGAGGUGGGAGAUAUUCUACUAGCAAAUAAUUCUACAGGAAUAUGUGAGGGAGGCUGUUCUGCAAUUAUAGACUCAGGAACCUCCUUAAUUGCUGGUCCAACUAGUGUUGUGACUCAAAUUAACCAUGCCAUUGGAGCAGAGGGAUAUGUCAGUCUUGAAUGCAAAAACAUUGUCCAUAACUAUGGGAAUUUGAUAUGGGAAUCCUUGAUUUCUGGGUUAACUCCUGAGAUCAUAUGCAGUGACAUUGGACUCUGUUCAAAUAAUGGACUUCAUUCAGUGGAUGGUGUUAUUGAAAGACUGGAGCAUAAUGAAAGUUUGGACGGAUCGAAAACUUGGGAGAGACCCUUUUGUACUUUCUGCAGUAUGAUUGCCUUUUGGAUGCAAGCUCAGGUUAAGCAAAGCAAUGUAAAGGAAAAAGUACUAAAAUAUGUGGAUGAGCUGUGUGAAAAGCUCCCAAAUCCGGCGGGACAAUCAUUUAUAAACUGCAAUAGUACUGCAACUAUGCCACCCAUUACAUUCAAGAUUGGAAACAAGUCCUUUGCCCUCUCUCCAGAACAGUAUAUCCUUAGAGUUGAAGGAGGGUGUUCUACUGUCUGUUAUGGCGGUUUUGUUGCUCUAGAUGUACCUUCCCCACAGGGUCCUCUCUGGGUUCUUGGAAAUAUUUUAUUGAGAGCAUAUCACACAGUGUUUGACUAUGGCAAUCUCCGCAUAGGAUUUGCAGAAGCUGCAUAGUGAUAUUGCUAUGAUACCAAAUUCUUUAUAAAGGAAAAGUUUGGAGGUUUACAAUUACAUAGUUUACAACAGCAAAUAAUAGUUACUUCCCAUCAGAAUUUCUGUCUGAGGGUCUCUUGUAAAUGGUGAUUGCUAUAUGUUUUAUCAAUAAGAUUUGUGAUAAUUCUGCACAAUGACUAAUUUGUGAAAAGGGUAUGUACUCCAAGAGAUUGUAGUUUGAACAACAUAAGUUUGACAUUGUUGCUGGCUAAA